CGCUGCACCAAGCACGCCACCCCUCUGGAGUCGCAACACAACCUUCGCCAAUCGCCAGACGUUUCUCUUUCUUCGCUUCUCUCUCUCUCUCUCCGUUGACAAUGGAGCGACUCUGCUACAAGUUCGACCUCAAAUCGCAGCAUCUCUCGCCGUCUCACGCCGUGCUCACCAGAUACUCGUCUUCGCCAUCCCCGCCGUCCUCCUGUUCUUCUCAUUCUUGUCCGCUUCUCUUGGAUUGCUCGAAUCGCCGCGCGAGGAGGCGAUGGAGGACCUGCUCCGCUUCUGUUGCGCCCGUCGAGCCGGAGCCUGACUAUCGUCGUUCGCUCAAGUCGAUCGGGAGAGGCCUCAUCGGUUUUGCUGCGGCAGCGGCCGCUUUCGCUUCGGUGUGCAGCGACUCUCCGGCUGUCGCGGAGUCCCUGACCGUCGCUUUUCCGGCUUCUCACGUUCGCGAGGUAAAUACAGUUCAGAGAACUCUCGUAGAGGCUUGGGGUUUGAUCAGGGAGACAUUUGUUGAUCCAACAUUCAACCAUCAAGAUUGGGAUUCGAAACUGCAGCAAACAAUGGUCGAAAUUUUCCCUUUGAGGUCGGCUGAUGCAGCAUACAAUAAGAUUGGCGCCAUGCUUUCUACUCUAGGAGAUCCCUUCACACGGAUUAUUAGCCCAAAGGAAUAUCAAAGUUUCAGAAUUGGAAGUGAUGGAAAUUUGCAAGGAGUUGGCCUCUUCAUAAAUGCUGAACCAAACACGGGGCAUUUGGUAGUUUUGUAUUGUGUGGACAGUAGCCCUGCUGCUCGUGCUGGUAUACAUGAAGGCGAUGAGUUGGUUGAGAUUGAUGGGGAGAUACUUGAAGGUGUUAGUAGUGAAGUUGCAGCACAGAAACUCAGAGGUCGUGCUGGCACCACUGUUACAGUAAAAGUGCACAGUGGUUAUGACGGGGGAAGUGCUUCUACUGUCAGAGAGGUCAAACUGCCCCGCGAAUACAUCAAACUUUCUCCCGUAUCCAGUGCCAUCAUUCCUCAUAGAAUGCCUGAUGGUAAUAUGACGAAGACAGGUUAUGUUAAAUUGUCAGCCUUUUCCCAGAAUGCUGCUGCUGAUGUGGAAAACGCUAUUCAGGAAAUGGAACGCCAGGAUGUUGACGCAUACAUAUUGGAUCUACGGAACAAUCCGGGAGGCCUGGUAAAGGCUGGGCUUGAUGUUGCACAGAUGUGGCUUGAUGGGGAUGAGACCCUUGUGAACACUAUUGAUCGCGAGGGGAAUUUGCAACCUAUCAACAUGAUCGAUGGGCAUGCAAUAACACAUGAUCCGCUUGUCGUGCUUGUCAAUGAGGGAAGUGCAAGCGCAAGUGAGAUAUUGGCAGGAGCUUUACAUGAUAAUGGCCGUGCUAUUCUCGUGGGGCACAAAACUUUUGGCAAAGGCAAAAUUCAGAGUGUAACGGAACUCCAUGAUGGAUCCGCUCUAUUCGUCACUGUAGCAAAGUACAUAUCUCCUUCUCUCCGCGACAUAGACCAAGUCGGUAUAACUCCCGAUGUCCAGUGCACGGCUGACAUGAUUAAUGUGCCCAAGGAGUCUUUGUUUAAAGACAAAAGCUCAGUCUUGACCUUGGAAGCCGAUUCCUGCAUCAUGGUUGCUGAACAUGAGUUGGACAUUCAGGAGUCUAAAGGUACAGCAUCCUGACGGAUGGAAAUGUCGGAUCCAUACGAUCACAUAGCCUAGAUUGUCUGUGCAGAUUGCACAUGAUAAAACUGUCGGUAUAUCUUGAAGGGCUUGCCCAAGCGUAGCCACUUUAGCAUAUAAGAAAUUAAAUUCUUCCGGAAAAGGAAAUGAAUUCAACCUCAA